CUCGAGCCGUCCACCGAAACCAUUCACACACACAUACAUGGAUGUAGUGUUUUGCUCCCUCUUUCUCUCUCUCGGUCUGCGUGAAACUCAACAAAACACGCCACCGUGUCUGGGUAGCUACGGCCACUCACGGAAAGCUCCGAACUCCGAUGGAACUCACUCAGUGCAAAGCGGAGUGGGCGAAAACGACAACCACGCGCUUCAAGGCGGGGAGCGAAGUUUGGCCCGAACGCCCGAACGCCCGAGUUGGAGCCCGAUUUUCUCCCCCAUCUCCACAGGAGCUCGCCCCAAUGCCGGGGACCAGGCCAGUAAAACCGACACGAGCACCGUUCGGUUCCGUUCAUUCGCGUUCCAUCCCUUGACGAGGCUAGUAGGGUGUUCAAACGGUCCGAUAAGCGCGCGUCAUGGCCAAAGCGGCCUCCCAGGGUGGUCACACUUACCCCCUACUGAGCAGCAGCAGCAGCAGCAGCAACACCAGCAGCAGCAGCAGCAGCAGCAGCAACACCAGAACCAGUAGCAGCGUACUAUUAUUAGUUCACUAAGGUGCCCUCCAUUCCCGCUGAAAGCAAGCAAACGAAAUUCCCCGUGUGCCGAGAUUCCCGUGACGCGUCCGCUAGUGAUCGAUUCAAACUAUUUCCACUACUCUUCCCCCAUGAAAAAAACAAAGCUCCCACAAAACGGGGGACUGUGAAAACGUAUGAAGGAAAAAAACAACUAGAAAGAAAGAAAAUAGGAAAAAUAAACGGUGAAAAAGAAGUGUUGUUAUUGCCUAAGUAAGCGUUGUUUGUUGUUGCAAAAGGAUAACUAGAUCGCAGCAGGCUGGUGAGACGAGCUGACGACAGUGUUGUACAGUCUGUGUGUGAGUGUGUGUGUGUACGUGCGUUAUGCACGCAAACCUUGUGGAGCUGUGGUGAAAGUGUCUACCGCAAAAACUACAAUUCACGCGAAAAAACUCUCAAAGUGACGAAAGCAAACCAAACCAAAAGAAACAGGGCCAUUCCCGUUGUGACAAAGCUGCACGGCUCCCAGCGUUAGUGCUCACACACUGUCUGUCGUUGCGUGAUAUCGAUCCCGAAACGGCAAACAGGCUGGUGGUCACCGGCCUCCUGCCUUGCCGUAAUCUGUAAUUAUCUCGGCAAAGUGUGUUGAGUGCUGAACCGCGCGACAUUUCGCCUGUGACGUCCGCGGGUCCAUGUGGGUGAGUGUGUGUGUGUGGCUCCUGCUAAAGAGGGUGCAUGUGUGAGAGUGUGUGUGUGUGUGUGUGUGCAAGCAAGUUUCCUAUGCGUGCGUGUCCUUCAGGUGCAGUGAACGUGCAAUGAAUCGUACCAACGGUUGGGACAGCAACCGUUACGACCUCACACGACCCGAAGCACGCCCGUGUUGCAGUGUUCUGUCAGCCGCCAGCAAAACUACUAGCCACCCUUACCCAGCACCACACCUUCGUGCGUGUGGCGGUGUGUGAAAGCGCACCGAGUGAAGGAUUGAGCCAUUUAUCGUUCUCUAGUGCGAGUGAGGUUGUGGUUGUUUUCCAUUGCUUUGGAGCGCGAGACUAGAUCCUAGCGGAUUGAUCGAAGAUUCCCAGGCAGACAGUAGAACGAGUGUGUGUGAGAGAGAGAAAGAGUGCAUGUGAAGAAGAGUGUACCCUACUGUUGCUCGUUCCGGUCGCGUCGGUGUGCUAUGCACGUAGUCGGCUGCUAGUGUGUGACGUGCGUGAGCGUGCAAGUGUGCUCCAUUAACCCCAGUGCGCCCCUUUCAGACAUCCGACCUCUCGUCUCGUUCGAUUUCGGGACUGUCGUGGUGCGGCAUCCCACGGGAAUGGUUGCCGUGCGAAGGUAAAACCCGGCCGAGCGUGUGGUAGCGAGUUCCUAUUCUGCAGCAACUCCGGACGGUACGGACACUGCGGCGCAAGAGGGAGAGCAAGCGGACCAUAGCGGACAUUGUCUUCGACCUUUUUGAAUUUCUUUGCGAAGCGUUUCGUGACUGGGACUUUCAAGCGGCCCCCGUUGACCUAUACGCACAUAUACACAUUUACACACACGCGGCAGCACACGCGCCCGGCAGAACCUGCUAAAGACCUGUUGAAUAUCGGUAGCUUGUGGCAAUAGAACCAUUGGCAGGAGGUGUUCGUGUCUGGAUCCAUCACCGACACACAAACAUACACACAAACACACACAUACAAAACAUACACACACGGGCUACACGGUGAGCCUGCACGGACAGGUCCCAAAGGUCCCGGAAGUACCACCUGGACGCGACGCGGCACACAAAAAGAAUCAUCCAUCUAGCUCGGCAUCCUCGUGCAGCCUCCAGCCGUCCCCUCCCCCCUCGCAUUACCCCAAGAACACUGCCCCCUUCCCCAUCGGGUUCGUGCGUGUGUGUCCCCCCAUCGGCUAGUGUGUUUGCGAGUGGGCGUGUGUGGCAGCAGCAGUGGUGAAAAAUGAUCCGACCGAUACUACCGAUCCUGGCGUACAUGAGCGUGCUCUCGAGUACGUACUCGCUGCACAUGGCACGCGAUGCCUACAUCAAGCCACCGCCGCCGCCCCCGCCCGCCCAGCUGCUCGACGAGCUGGACGACAUGUCGGAGCUGCUGGCCGAGAACGGGGUCGACCUGAUGCGGCCGCUCAUGGGCACGGUACACCAGAAAACACACGCCGGAACUGGCACCGGCAGCGGCGGUGGCAGUGGAAGCAUCAUCAGCAUCGGCAGCAGCAGCAAUGGUGCGGUGGCGCUCGGCACCAUCAACCACGUGGCGAGCAAUGAGCUGCCGGAGCUGAGCCCGCCGCCCGCCCAUCUGCCGGCGGCGAUGCGCCAUGGUCCGAUCGGGCCGCUGGUCGGGCAGCCGCCGCGCGGCCUGCAGGAGCUGUUCGGCGUGCAGACCAACUUCGACAUACGCGCAGCGCAGCAGCAGCUGUCCCACGGUGGGCCGAACGGGGUGGCCGCCUCCUUCGACCUCAACCAGUCCGCCUCCGCCAGUGGUAUGGACGAUCGGGAUGAUGAUAAUCGUGUCGGUGGUGGUGGUGGUGGUGGUGAUGACAUCAACGGAACUGGUGCUGGUGGUGGGGGUGGUGGACAGGGAAACGGUAAUCUGCAGCGAUCGGCAGCUAGCAGCAAGCGUGCGUCACCGACCGGCAGCCGCAACAAGAUGAUGGCCGACUCCGGCCAAGAUGGCGGCGGCGGCAGCAGUAGUGGUCUGCCCUCGAUCCCGCACGGCAUCGCGAACCAGAUGAUGCUGCGCAGUACGCGCGGCCAGCGGCAGUACGAUGUACCGCAGAUCGAAUGUCCACCCGCGAUGGAUGGUAUGGAGCGCUUUGCCUGUCCCACGCCAGAUCGGCAGGGCCGGUACCGAUGUAUAGACGAUCACGUGCUGUGCGACGGUUUCAUCGACUGUCCUGAGGGCGAAGACGAGGACAGACAGGCCUGCAUGUUCUACAAAACGACGAAAGCGCAUCUCGACGUAUUAGCGGACGCCUUAUUGAGAUGGGCUCGUGGCCGUUAAACUGUACAUUUCACAUAGCUCUUGCAAAGACACGCUGUACUAGUGCUAGUUUGAGAAAGUGUAAAGUGAAAGAGGAAGAGAAAGCGACAGAGAAAAGUGUUUAUGUGAGCAAAGCAAAAAACAAACAGACAGGACAGGAAAGGGAGAAACAUUACAGACGAAACCACAACACAGUUUCAGGCACACGUCGUAACAGAUGCUAUUUUACAUUACGAAAGCAGAAGAAGAAAUAAAACAUCCACCAACGAAAAAAAAAAAAACCCAAAAGGCACAAUGCCCCGGCAAAAGUGACAGUCCAAUAGAGGGGAUGAGAAAAAAAACAUACCGUACUACGAAAAGGAUAGGGCAGCAAAUGAGUGCGGAGAAAUCGUUACACGUUCUCUCACAUCCUUACCAAGCAAACAGGCGUUGCGUUGUAAGAGUGGCAAAGAAAAGAAAAAAAGUUAAUGUUGUAAAAAUAGGUUUGAAGCAAAUCUGUACAUAAUUGAAAAAGAGAAAUCGAGCAAACGCAACGCAAUGUCACUGCAACAUGUUCAUAACCCUUUGCCGGGCAGCAAGCAAAACAAAAAAAUAACAAAACACUUCUACAGGCCAGGACGAAACAACUGCACUAAGAUGUGAAGGGAAGUAAAGUAGGGAGGGAAAACAAAAACAAGUCAAAACUCAAAGACAGCAGAAGACAGAGAAAUCUUACUAUAUAUAUAUACAUAGAUCUAUAUACAAAACAUAUAUUUACCUACUAAGAAAUUAGUGUGUAAAAACAAAACAUCGGCACAGAUAAACAGCAUCAUUCCGUACUUCAUAUGAUGAGUGUGGAGCAGGGCAGGAAUGAAUGUGAAAUCUAAUGGCUGAGCGAAUUUAAUUCGAUGUGAAGGCUGUUGACGAUCGUUGACUGUGUAUGGCCCGGCCGAUGACGAUGUGGGAGUCGGAUGAGCGAGUGUACAUUGCAAAGGUGGAUUGUUAUACGAAGCGUUUGUGGAGGAAAAGGGUCUGCAGGUGUGCUAAAGCGGUGCGGAAAGUCCAGUAGCACGAGAUACGAAAGCCAAUACAAAGAUAAGCCGUCAAAGCAAAGCAAAAAACAAAACGGAAAGUGUAGGAAAAAGAGACGAAAAGGUUGAAGAAGCAAACCAAUACUAUUAAAUUGAGAAACAAAAACCCUUCAACACACACUACACACGUUUCACACAUUUUCACACACACAAACCAGAACACUUUCAAACACUACACUCAAACAUUGAUACAGAUCAUGUAGGUAAAUAGGUGUAUGAAAUGUAUGUACAUUUUUUUCUUCUACACUGUAAAAAUAACAACAAUAACAACAACAACAAUCAAAACAAACUGUAAACAGCCUCCACCCAGUAUCCAGCAAAUAGUGGAAGCAGAAAGAGCGACUUUUAGUUUAGUGCGUGAGCGCGUUUUUGGUUAAGUGUAUCCCUUGUCAUGUCUAAAUUGUCUAAGCCCAUCGUUUGGUUGCACAAUUCAUUUCCGGUUGUUUAUUUUUGCAUCCAACGUUAAUCCUAUCGUGGAACAAAGAGCGAGAUAAAAACAGGCCAUUUCACGUGUAACCCAACAGCUCAACCAAACAACCUUUUGCAAACGUUUUAUCUAAGGGAUACACAUGUCCACCUAAAACCAUCCUCGUGUUUCAACCUCAAACACACACACACACAUAUACACAUACACAUACACACAAACACAUCACAAGAACAUCGUCAUCAUCACACAGACACUUGAGGAGGAAAACUAUUCUCAUGGACAAGGCAGCUAUAUUAUUGUAUAGAUAAGUCAGGAGUUUAAGAAACCAACCAAUAAGAGCAACACAAACAAGUAAACUCUUUAACUAGAUCCUUAUAGUGCUAGAUACCGUUGCCGGUGUAAGUGAACGAUACAAGGAGGCUACAGCCCGGCCCAAACCCCCGGCGAGAGUAGUGAGCUGUUGGUGGUUUGGGUCGAAACAGAAAGGCCGAGGCCGUCCGGGUUGACGAUUAAAUCGCACGAAACCAUAUACACACACACACAUACACACACAUACGAACGCCCGGAGCGGGAGCAUGAAGUGUACCAGAGCUAACGGAAAACAAUGAAGAGCAACUAAAACACACACACAAAAAAAACAAACAACUAUGACUGAAUGAUAUCAAUAUUUCUAAUCGACCAUCAGUGAAAACGCACGCGCACACCCACACUGGAAAGGAAUGUUGAUGUUGUUAUUUUUAACUUGUUUUGGUUUGAUUUAUUUCUUUUAACUUGUUAUGCUAUUUGAGCGUAGCGUGAGAUUCUUUUUUAUUUAUCAAAUCAAAUUCAGGAAAAAGUGUCUUUGUUUAUUUCAUUUACUCUCAACACUGAAGUUUUUAAAUGAUUUGGUUUUUGCUUAUGUCCUUGUAUUUUAUUUUAAAUUUAUUUAUUUAUUUUUAUUUAUAACAAAUUCAAACGCACUAAAAAGCAAACACAUGUGUACGUGCGUGUGCAAGUGUGUGCGCGUGCGUGCGUGUGUGUGUGUGCCGACGCACAUGUAAAUCAGCGAAAAGCAGCACUCCACUAAACGUUAGGGUUAAAGAGUUCGUAUCCGAACAAUUGAACAUACCGGGCACAUCUUACCAAUACACCCCUGCCCCUCCCCUAUGGGUUGUAAACACACAUAGUGCGAACGUCAAUUCUAUGUGUUCAACGCAUACGCCGCAAUUAUGAUUGUUUACCCAAAAGCGAGCGAACCGUAAGCCCCACCCCUCCUAAGUUGAUUUUGGGUUAGUUACAAGCCUACUAGCCCCACCCGAUCCCUCCCUCACUGCAUGUACAUUGAGCAAAGCAUAUAGAAUCAUGCGGAUAUGAUACAGCUUUCAUAAAGCGCCUGUAAAACGAAUGCCAGCAAGCCCCGACAGCUAGCUCUCCCGGGGAGAGAGGUGAACAGUGUUUCAAAACGUUUUUACCCGCUUGUUUGUGGCACAUCCAAACGCACACAGGACGAUAGAGAAGAGAAGAAGUAACAAAAAAAACGAAACUAAAAACAUAUAUUUCUUAAAAACCAUCAACCACUGUGUACACAUGUCAUCCACUUCUAGGUUACGACAGCAAAGAAAAAAAAGAAAGAGAGCGAACAAGUGGAGAGAGAAAAAAACGAAGAAAUUAAGUAAAACAGAAAACCAAACGAACUUUACAAAAAUCACGCUCACCAAAGCAUUACUUAUAAAUGUCUAUUUGCACAAUAUUAUCUAGACACACAUACACCAACACACACACACACACAUUCAAACCAAACAAGAACAAAUUAUUAAACAGUAAAUAUUGACGAUAGAGAACCAUGGCACACUGUGGUUCACAGACACAGUUGCGGUGCGAAGGACUAAAGCAGGCAAAAGCGAAAUAGAUGCCCUUGAGAAAAACGAUGCAGCAAACCAAAGGGACAAUGCACCCGCCACUGUCCAGUAUCAUCUGUUCUCUCUGUCUCUCCCCCCUAACACUAAUACUGCAGAAGUUACAAAGUCACACUACAAAAGCUAGACGAAUAGGAUGCAUAGGGCUUUGGUGUAACGGCGACAGGAGCACGAGCCCAUCGGCACUGCAGCAGCAAACAGGCACAACGAGCACGAACCAGUGGUCGCAGAACGCAGAACAAACGGCUCAAGUAUUGAACGGCAGCACAUCAACUCGUCGAAUCCAGGUGUGCCGUGCGCGUCCGUACAGUGUGAACAAGUGAACAGAAAGGCUGCGUCCGGAGGGAGUGCAUCAGCCGCGCGCAGCCAAAGUGUCAGUGAUUGCGACGGGAGCGACAAAAACAGCAACAACUCAACCCAUCAGCACCAUCACCAGCGCCAGUGGUGAUAAUACGUCAAACGUUUCCAAGUGUAGCGCUACACACGGGUGUGUUGUGAUGAAACGUUGCGCAGCGCGGCAACAGUAGCGACAAAACAGUUUGCUAGCUUAAGAGAGUAUUUGGGUUAACUAUUUUAAUCUACCUAUGAAUUAAGUUGCGGUUGAGAAGCGUUUUAAUUUAGUCGUUAAACCUCGUUAAAACAUGCAAACGCACGAGCAAAUGUUGAACGCUGCGAAUUCAUUCCACUGAUGUGUCUUAAGUCAAUGCCUGAACAAAACCAAAACACAUACGCCUACGGUCCCAUUCGCCAUUCACUCACUCACACCGCAUUCGUUGUGCCAUAUCAUCUUCUGUUAUUUGCAUUUACGGCAUUACAGCAGCAGCAAGAGAAGCGGGGAGAAAAGCAUUACAACAAAUCACAUUCCACUCACUCUCAUUCCACCUGCACCUGAAUGUUCUCUUGUUUUACUGUAACUGUCUAUGGUUUUGCCUUCUCGUUUCACACUUAUAUCUUGUGUCUGUCUGUCUCUUUCUCGUUGCAAAACAAAAAAUCACAUUGUAUGUUGCUGUUAUCGAUGUUGUUACUGUUGGUUGCAUGAGGCAUAGCAGGAGUCACUGCAAAGGUAGGAGAAACUGCGUCCUUUUUCUUCAAUGUGGCUCACUAAAUUGUUCCCCAGUAUUUUUUGUUUUGUUAUGUUUCAUUGCGUUAUUGUUUUUUUUUGUUUAAGUUCUUCUAAAGAACCGUAUCAAUUGAUAAAACUGCUCUAGCGAUCGCGGCCUGCCUUGAUUGUUGCGUUAGCCCUUUUGGACGCCAUUGGAGCAACAACCACCAAAACGAACAAAAAAUAAACUCCGGCAGCAUGAUGAAACGUCAUUCUCGAGUGUGUAUAUCAGUCACACGUCUCGCCGGCUUUUGGAAAACUCUAGCGCAUCUAGCUAGGUGCAUAGGGGAGACAGAAGUAAACAAACAACGUGAUUUCAUUGCUUGGGAGCCCAUACUGACCCGUGUGGAUUGUUUUUGUGUUUGUUGUUUUAGUUUGGUCAGAUAACCUGAGUGUGCUUCUGUGGAAGGAGAUGAAAACGGAACCAGCUUCUGCGCAAGCGCAUUAGCGAUUGUACAGUGGAUUACUGCUGUAUCAAACAAAAGGAUUACCAUAUUCUUUUUUUGUUUGUCUAGCUGGUUCCUCUGGUCUCCCUCGAAGUGAAAAAUCAUGAAAGAAUGAUUAAGCAAAUAAAACAAGUAAAAAUUAUAAUGAAAAGACUGACUUAGUAGACCCGCAGUUGAACGCGCAACACACCUACCCCGCUAAUUCGCGAACACACAACACUCAUGUGGGGGAGGGAAAAAGCAGAAAGAGAGAGAGAGAGAGAGAGCAACCGAAAGCGAUGAAAAAACAAUGUAGCUAGCCAGAGUAUAAACAAUAACCCAUUAUCUACCGUGGGUGUUUUUUAAAGCUCAUCACUAUUAAGUAUUUAGCAAAAAACAGGAGGGGUCGAGUGCAUGCUGGCAACACAGGAGAUGGCGGGCAGGUUCGUCGUCUACGCUGCGCCCAUGCAAUCACGCUGCCCCGGGCCUGAUGCACGCUUCAAUCUUGCAAACAUCCAGGAGUAUUAGGUGGGGAGGGCUAAAAAAUGCAACCCCCAUCAAUUCAUGCAUCGCGCCUGCACCCUCAGCACUCAGCAAUCAUAGCAAUAACGUUUGAUCUCGUUGCGUGCGUUAAUGAAGCGCGUUUGUUGAUUUUUUUUUUUGGAGACUGUUCCCUGAGACACAGCUUAACAGGUGACCUUCAGCUCGAACGACGAUGGGACGUUAGAGUUAUUUAUUGAUGGGCGCCUUUGCAGCCAACUGUGGUCGCAAAGUAACGGCAUGAGAGAUGGAAAACAUCUAAACACAUCUCUCAUUUUGUCGCUUUGCACGAUGGGCUCCCAAACAAUGAACACACAUAGGAGGGGGGGAGAAGAGGAAACGAAUCACCAGAAGACUGGGUAAACAUUAAAAGUAAAUGAUUAACGUUUAAAAACAAAACACGGGAAAAUAGCAUGCAUUGAAACACAAAACGAGAACGGGAACUACGUACGUUUAACUGUGUCUCAUAAGGAGGAGAAAAAAACACUGCAGGAGAAGGUUGGGAAACACGUUCUCCUGUUUCGUUUUUGAAUGGAAAUAUUUGUUAUAUAUUGACAGUACGGCAAUGCUACUGAUAUCAGCGCAAAAGUGAUUAAAACACGGUGUAAAGGGGAAAAGUAAACCAACCACUUCAAUGCGGACACAGAGAAAACACACACAAAUACACAAGUUAAAAGCGAAAAAAGGAGAAAGUAAGCUGCAACUAAAACAAAAACACAGAAAUAAAAAACACACAAGCCAAAGGCAACCUACAAUCAUCGAUACUUAAGUAGCCCUUUUAAGUGUCAAACAAGCGCAAAACAAAACGAACAAAAACUGAUGCAACAAUGUGAAUGCGGUGAAAGUAGAGGAAAACAAAACGCGAACGUUACUAAAACACUAAAAGCGCAUGUAAAAACUGGAUGUCUUUGUGUGCAACGGUCGCGAACAAAAGGGUGAAGCAAGACAAAAAAAAACUAACUAACAAAAGGCCUAAGCUAACAAGAACAAAACACACACACAAUUGCAUACACAUUGGAGGCUUGUCAACAAAAUGAAGCA